AUGAUGAUUUCCGUUAAGAUUUUACUUUGUCUUUUAUCAAUUUGUUGUUCUGUUGGGUUGGGUCUAAGUUUGGGUCUUGGCAUUGAGCCGGAGAAACGAGAAUCAAAAUCAAAAUGGAAACCAAAAAUAGGAAGUUCUUGGGAUUAUCAACUCUCUAAUCCACUCAAACAAAAACAAAUCUCCAAAUCAAUUGACAAUUACGGAAUUGAUUUAUUUGACAACUCCAAGAAAUCAAUUACCAACCUCCAAAAGCAAGAAAAUAAAAAAAUCAUUUGUUAUUUCUCAGCUGGUAGUUAUGAAAAUUGGCGACCUGAUAAAUCCGAAUUCGUCAAAAGUGAUCUUGGUAAGAAUAUGGAUGGAUGGCCCGGUGAGAAAUGGUUGAACAUUAGAUCUAAAAACGUCAGGAAAAUAAUGGAGGCGAGAAUCAAAUUAGCUAGUGAAAAAGGAUGUGAUGCAAUUGAUCCCGAUAAUAUAAAUGGGUAUGAAAAUGAUACCGGAUUCAAAUUAACAAAACAAGAUGCGGUUGAUUAUGUUAAAUUUUUAUCGGGCGUUGCUAAUAAAUAUGGACUUUCAAUGGGAUUAAAAAAUGGUGGUGAAAUUGCUAAACUGGUGAUCAAUGAGGUAGAAUUUUGUAUUCAAGAGCAAUGUGGUCAAUAUUCUGAAUGUGAAAUGUAUCAAAUAUUUAUAAAGAAUAGCAAGCCAGUUUUCCAUGUGGAAUAUCCCAAGGGAGAUAAAAAUACGAACAAAAAUGUAUCAGAGAAAACUUAUAAGAAGUAUUGUGGAUUUAAAGAUACAAAGGGGUUUUCUACGAUUUUAAAGAAUUUAGAUUUAGAUGAAUGGAUCCAAAUUUGCAAGUGA